AAGCUUUUAUACUACAUAUUCCGUACGACUCACACCAAUUCCCACGCAAAAUCGGUUCGGCGAUUGUGACUCUUCCCCCAUUUCGUGUGGGAGGAGGUCUUGGCAUCAAGCCGUGGAUCUCGGUGGAUGAGCCCAGAAGGGGGUGGUAAGCGACGGUAUAGCUAGCCACGAACAUGGAGGUAUGCCUCGGCGAUGGAUGAGAAAAGCGGACGGGGAGAGGGAAGAGGGGAGACGGUGUUGCUGACUCACUCCCAAGUCACGAUCCCAAGAUAUAUAAAAAGAGGAAGAGAAGAUCAUGUCCCAGGAGCUUGGUUGGUCUACCAUCAAGAUUCGGCACCCAGAGUCCAAGUUGUUGUCCUUGAACUUGGCGAAAUCUGACAUUACGUACAUAUCUUACCUUCCUAGUUGAGAAAAGAGCUAAGAAGUUGAUUCUUUACCUCGGUUCAUCAUCCAACAUAUCAACCUCCAACUCAUCACCUUUUCUUCUGGGUCGGGUCAUUUCAUUUUCCUUGAUCAACAUCACCAUCUCGACGUUCAACCCAACUCCAUCCAGCUUGAACCUAUCACCCCCUACCUCCAAAAAGAACCAAAACCAUCUACCAAAAAUGUCCACCACCCACUACUCCCCCACCCUCACCAACGCCUGGCGUUCCCCUCGCCUCAUCUACCGCGCCAUUGAAGACAACCCCAUCGACAGGCACACCCUCUGGACCUUCUUCGACGCCGACCCCACCUCCAUCGCCAUGGCCUCCCUGCGGCCUCUCAACCCCCAACCCCUCGCCUAUGUGCAGCGUCUCUACGAACACGCCCACACGCUGCACAUCCGCGUCUUCAUCUGCCUCCCGCCCUCCGACGCCGACAUUGCCCAGUGGGAAUCCCUCAUCCAAGAAAAGGCCGCAGCAUCGGGGUUGACAGCCACGUUGGAUCUCGAGAAGUUGAAGGGAGAAUUCCCGCGCCCCGGGCCGACGCCGAUUGGGGUGGUGACGCUCAUGCCGCCUAUGGGGACCGAGGAACUGCAUCAUCGGAAUGCCAUGAUUGGCGUGGGGAUCGGGGCGGAGUGGCGGGGCAAAGGGUAUGGAGGGGAGGCGGUGGAUUGGGUUCUGGAUUAUGGGUUUGGGAGGUUGGGGUUGCAUCGGAUUUGGCUGGCGGCGUUUGCGUAUAAUGAGAGGGCGUGUAGGCUGUAUAGGCAGUUGGGGUUCGUGGAGGAGGGGAGGGAGAGGGAGGCGGUGCUGUAUGAGAGGAAGUGGUGGGAUAUGCUGAGGUUUAGCAUGUUGGAGGGGGAGUGGGAGGUUUUGAGGGCGAAGCAGAAGGAGGCGGCGAAGGGGGAGAAAGAGGGGGAUGGCGAGAUGGAGGAGUGAUGCGUAAUAGAGGGAUGGAGUCGUGAGCUGUGGAAAUUAAGAGGUAUGAGCAAGGUAAUGGCAAUAUGAUACAAGAAGCGCGUUGAUUUGUUUCAUGGAAUAUGAACUUUUCUUUUCUUAAUGGCUUUUGUUACCUGACAGAGCCCUCCUGGGGAUACGUCUGGUGUGUGUGUCGUGAGACAUUCUCAAGAACCGAUGAAACCUUUGAUAUAAGCCG